GCAGGCGCGCUGGGGAGGGAGGGCUAUGCUAAUGUUGUUGAUAUCCUGGGGCCACCCGAGUUAAAAGGGGGGAAAUCCGGGGGCUGCCACCGCCGCCACUGGCCCGGGUCCAGCUGGGGGUCCCCCCCCAGUGUAGUCGCCGCAGUCCCGGGGAGAGGCGCCCGCCCCCUGCUCUGGGGGGAGGGGGCGCCGCGGGCUCGGGGAGCACGGACGGCCCCUACCCAUGAGGCCCUGAUGGAAAACACAAAGGAUCUGAGUCGGAAGAGACACUAGAAGUCACCCAAAGCAGCUGCCCCUGUCCAGCUUCUGGCGAGUGACAGAACUUUCUUCACAAUCCAAAAGAAAAAGAUUUGUUCGGGAUGUUUGACGGCUAUGACAGCUGCAGUGAGGACACAAGUAGCAGCUCCAGCUCUGAGGAGAGUGAAGAAGAAGUUGCUCCUUUACCUUCCAAUCUCCCAAUUAUCAAAAAUAAUGGACAAGUCUACACAUACCCAGAUGGUAAAUCUGGCAUGGCCACCUGCGAAAUGUGUGGGAUGGUCGGUGUACGAGAUGCUUUUUACUCUAAAACGAAACGUUUCUGCAGUGUUUCUUGUUCAAGAAGUUACUCGUCCAACUCUAAGAAGGCAAGCAUUCUGGCCAGACUUCAGGUAACGGGUAAGCCUCCAACAAAGAAAGCAAAAGUCCUUCAAAAACAACCUUUAGUUGCAAAAUUAGCUGCCUAUGCUCAGUAUCAAGCUACCUUGCAAAAUCAAGCAAAGACAAAAGCAGGUAAUUCUGCAGUCUCCGUAGAAGGCUUCAGCUGGGGUAACUACAUCAACAGCAAUAGCUUCAUAGCAGCUCCAGUAGCCUGUUUUAAGCAUGCACCUAUGGGGACCUGCUGGGGUGAUAUCUCAGAAAAUGUAAGGAUAGAAGUUCCCAAUACAGACUGCAGUCUACCUACCAAAGUCUUCUGGAUUGCUGGAAUUAUAAAAUUAGCAGGUUAUAAUGCUCUUUUGAGAUAUGAAGGAUUUGAAAAUGAUUCUUCUCUGGACUUCUGGUGCAAUAUAUGUGGGUCUGAUAUUCAUCCAGUUGGUUGGUGUGCAGCCAGUGGAAAACCUCUCGUUCCUCCUAGAACUGUUCAACAUAAAUAUACAAACUGGAAAGCUUUUCUAGUAAAAAGACUUACUGGUGCCAAAACACUUCCUCCUGAUUUCUCACAAAAGGUUUCAGAAAGUAUGCAGUAUCCUUUCAAACCUUGCAUGAGAGUAGAAGUAGUUGACAAGAGGCAUUUAUGUCGAACAAGAGUAGCCGUGGUGGAGAGUGUAAUUGGAGGAAGACUAAGGUUAGUGUAUGAAGAGAGUGAAGAUAGAACGGAUGACUUCUGGUGCCACAUGCACAGCCCCUUAAUCCACCAUAUCGGAUGGUCUCGAAGCAUAGGCCAUCGAUUCAAAAGAUCUGAUAUUACAAAGAAACAAGAUGGACAUUUUGAUACACCACCACACUUAUUUGCUAAGGUAAAAGAAGUAGACCAGAGUGGAGAAUGGUUCAAAGAAGGAAUGAAAUUGGAAGCUAUAGACCCAUUAAAUCUUUCUACAAUAUGUGUUGCAACCAUUAGAAAGGUGCUGGCGGAUGGAUUCCUGAUGAUUGGGAUUGAUGGCUCAGAAGCAGCAGAUGGAUCUGACUGGUUCUGUUAUCAUGCAACCUCUCCUUCUAUUUUCCCUGUGGGUUUCUGUGAAAUUAACAUGAUAGAACUGACUCCACCCAGAGGUUACACAAAACUUCCUUUUAAAUGGUUUGACUACCUCAGGGAAACCGGCUCCAUUGCAGCACCAGUAAAACUAUUUAAUAAGGAUGUUCCAAAUCACGGAUUCCGUGUAGGAAUGAAAUUAGAAGCUGUAGAUCUCAUGGAGCCACGCUUAAUAUGUGUAGCCACAGUUACUCGAAUUAUUCAUCGUCUCUUGAGAAUACAUUUUGAUGGAUGGGAAGAAGAGUAUGAUCAGUGGGUAGACUGUGAGUCCCCUGACCUCUAUCCUGUAGGGUGGUGUCAGUUAACUGGAUAUCAACUACAGCCUCCAGCAUCACAGUCGUCAAGAGAAAGCCAGUCAGCUUCAUCAAAACAGAAGAAAAAAGCUAAGUCUCAGCAAUACAAAGGACAUAAGAAAAGUAAAGAACCUAAUUACUGUGCUGGUGCUUUGAAAAACAAGUUUCCUCCCAGCAUAAAACCCUAUCUAGCCUCAGCUAGUGAUAACCUGCAUGGCAUUACCACAAAGCAGGCUUGCUCCUUGCCCUUCCUCUGUGGGCAAAAUCUCCCACAGACCCAGAAUUUCUUUGCCCAUCAGGAGUUUGGCAGUACAGCUGAUCACCUACAAGAGAUUAGAGGGCACUGCAAGACCAUUCACAGUCAUAUGACCACAUCGCAGCUCAAAGAGGAGCUCCUGGAUGGCGAGGAUUAUAGCUUCCUUCAAGGAGCAUCUGACCAAGAGAGCAACGGCUCUGCCACCGUCUACAUCAAACAAGAGCCUUGAGGUGGCUCAGAAACUAAGGGUGGGAGGGGCUGUUGACAGGACUGAUUUGUAGUCAUCCAGCUACACAGCGAGCUAUUCUACUGGGACAUUUUGCUAAACACAGAAAAGUUCAGUUCCAGAUUUUUCAGGUGGGGGGGAAACUAUUUUGGUGGGGGGGCAAUUUUUCAAUUUAUAAAGAUGGACGAUUUUUGUGUUGUAUUUGAAGCUUUUGAAAGAAUUUUGUAAUAUUUUCCAAGUUUGGAUUUAUGUGCAUUGUUAACAAGAACUGAAAUUCUAACUUUUUUGGUAAGAUAAAAGUUUAGGUAGUGGGAUUGAAGGAAAUGAUUAAGAAGGAUAUAGUUGUAAAUGCAAAUGAACUGUCAUUACAAAUGAACCUUCUUGGUACCUGUUGGGAGAUUUUUGGAUUUUAGAGUUAGGCCAGUCACAUCUCCAGCUUCCUUUGCUGUGGAAAUAUGCAACUGAACCCCUCGCAGAGGGCUCAUCACCAUGUAGAUCACGGAAGGGGUCAUUAAUUGUGCUCGCUGACAUUUUAUUGCAGCCCAUUUAAAUAUUUGUACAGAAAUUUUUUCAUUUUGCUAAAAUUUAUUUGGAGUUAUAUAUGAAACUAGGAGAACUCCAGAUACUUUUAUAUGCUCUCCUUUAAGUAAAAAUGAUUAAAAUUUUCUAACACUAAAGUGUUAAACUGGAAUGAUUGACAAGAUACACAGGAUCUCAGUCUAUAUAAGGGGUUGGGGAAAAUGAAUGUUUUCCUAUGUUUAUUCUGUUUUCCUUGUUAAAGAACAUCCCACAAGAGAUAUUCUUAUCAGACCUCUGCCAUUUCCCUCUAUCUGUGAGAGAGCAACUUGAUAGAACCACACCUGAAAACAGAUGUUGUUCUGUAUUACCAAGAAAAAUCAAAGGAAAAAAUUAUUAAUGGAAAUAAGUGUAGAUUUCAGAAUCAUUCCAGCUUUACUUUUAACUGUCCUGGAUUUGUUAGAAACUGAUUUGAAAGAAAACUUAAUUGUCUUAAAAUUCCAUAUAUAUACAUAAUGAGUUGUCUUUAAUUGUAGUCAGAAUUUAUUUAACAGUAACUGAUUUGGACCAUUUUAAACAUUCCCUAUUUUAAAAUUCAUAAGGCUUUCUUUAAGAAAUAGGAUAAAAGGGUAAAUUGGUGAAAGGUUUGCUCUCUGCGUUUUCUAAUCUGCCGAGUUGUGACUGAGUAAGAGAGCUCUAGCAUUUACCAGUGGGUUCAUAACUAUAAACUCUCAGGAAUUCAUUGCAUCUGUUCUAGAAGUGCUUCUGGGUCUGAGCCUGGCCUCUUCAGAGUGUUAAUACUGCCCAUUUCCUCUGGAAAAUAGGCAGGGCUAAUGAGAAAUUAAUCAAGAUGAUUAACCUCUGUAGCCCUUCAGCCUAUGGAAUGCUUUAAAACAAACAAAAAAAUGCUAAUGGAAAACCCCAGGAGACAUUUUAGGUAAGAUUUUUGUUUGACUUUUAAAUGCAUAGAACAUUUAAAACCAGCAAUUUAUUUUCUAAACUAUUGCUCUACUUUUGGGAAUAAUAGCAUUGGUAAUAUGCACAGGUUUACCUCAUUCUAUGCAAGAGGGUUAAUAACAUAAGGUUUUGUAGUAGCUACUGGAAGUAAGGUGUGUUCCUUUUUAGUGUAAAAAAUGUGCGGAUUCGCAUGUCACCAUUUCUUAAUACUGACUCUGGGGGCUAAAUGCAGAUCACAUCAAUGCAAGUUGAUUCUCAUGAAAUAUAUGUGAAUUCAGCUGUAAAAUUACUGGAUAUUUAUCUUAAACAACAUUGCUGAGAGGGACCUACUGUAAAUGUGACAUCCUCACACUUCCCAAAUCUUUGACUUUGAAGGAUCUUCCCAGAAGCUUAAAGCCUAGAAGAGGUCCAAAGCAAAGGUCAUAGCAGUCUUUAUUCUCAGGCUCAGCGGAUUAAGCCCAGGGCUGUGCUUCCAUGGUACCAGCACAAGAAGCCUGUUCCCGGGUGCUCUCAUACCUUGGGUGUAGGAGCUCUCCAAGGUGAACUAACUGUAACCCAGGAAGGAUGUGACUUCAAGCCAGCCAGUCCUGGGAGUUAAUUCUGUGAAAUGCUCAUUCGUAGCCAGGUUUUACAAGCUUCCAAUUCUACACCAAAACCAGGCUUGGUGUGUUUAGAAUUUUCCCACCUACGUUUAUAAAGUGUUUGUGUUCACUAACAGUGAAGGGUUGCUAAAGACUUGUUAGAGUCUGAACAUAACCCAAAGCCCUCGUCUUUGUUAAGACCCUCCCUCCUGCUGCUAAUAUGGAAAGUUAACCAGAGGAGGCUUCCAUUGUAGCCAUAAUUGCUGUCGUCAUACAACUCAGUAGCCAUGUCCUCUUUCACAGUUCAACCUGUACUGCUGACCUUGGGUUUGUUUUGCUUUCUGUUAGGAGCCUGGGAACUUUUAGUAGUUUAAACUUUUUAACCUUUUCCUUGCUGUGUAUGAGGAAAGCUAAAGCUGUUAUCAACUUCUUAUUUUGCGGAUACUAACACGGGUUUUCAGUGUUUGUUUGUUUUUAUUAAUUAAUUUUGUGUGAUGUGAAUACCCUCGCCCAUCAAUAUUUGUAUUAUGGUGCUAUAUAUUUGGUAAUGAUCCUUUAAUAUUGGGGAGGGAUUUUAAAAUACUGUGAUUAAACUGGGUAUCUUCCUUUGAUUUUCAUAUUUUAAAUAAAGCCACAGUCAUUUAUACAAAAAAAAAAAAAAUGCAUCUGUCCCUGGGCAGACCUUUCCAGGACAGAGGCCAAAGUAAAGUACAUAAGGUUUUUACAUCAUUUCCGUGUGCGUUUGAUAUAUAGAUCAAUAUCUGGACAAAUUUAAUCUUUUAUUUUCUGGUAACUUGUGAUUAUUGAGGAAGUGUUUAAAGCUUUCUCAUGGAAUGUAUAUAAUGGCGUGAAAAAUUCCUUCAGAGAAAUUUAUGUUCUUUUCAUUUUUACCAAAAUGCAAAUUUUCAGCAUGGAUGUGAAAAGCAUUAAAAUUAUAACUUUGUGUACAAGAUGAAAAUAAUUCACUAAAUUUGCCCUUUUUUACACAAAAUAAAAUGUUAAAGUUAA